GGGAGGCGGGGCGCGAGGAGGGCGGAGGCGCGGCGCGGGGAGGAGUUGCCCGCGCGAGCGCUGCCGCCGCUCUGCCCUACACCGGCCGGCGCAGCCCCGCCACGAGACUCUGACAGCCGCGCGGCCCGGGCUGCUCGGGAGCACAGGGACCGACGGACCGCGUCGGUGGCGGCGGAGGAGGACGCGAGGACCGCGGCCCCGCGCCAAGUGCGGGAGGUGCGCAGCGCUGGCGGCGCGCAGAGAUCCCCUCUGAAGCUACUGGGAGCUCAGAAGGUGUCACCACCCCUGAGGAGUGGGCCGACCCCAGGACAGCAAGAAGGGAUGACGUGGAGCCCACCCAGGGCCUGAGCUGUGAGCAUAACCCACAGUCUGUUGGACCUGGCACCACCAAGUCAGGGGUCUGCACUACUGGGCAGACUCUGGAAGAAUUGUUGCUUUGGCCCCCAGCAACAUGUACAUGGUGUAAUGACAGGAAAUGAGCAGGUUUGUGGAGAAGCUGCUGGCCUGAAAUUUAAGACGAAGGCAUCGUUGCUUGCACAACACAGUGAAAUGAAAGCCUGUAUCUUCAGAAUCUUGUUUUCAAGAGGAAUGCUGGCCUGCAGGGCUCUGGCUGAGAACAUGGCCAAUGGCAUUGAUGAGCUCAUUGGCAUUCCCUUCCCCAACCACAGCAGCGAGGUCCUGUGCAGCCUGAAUGAGCAGCGGCAUGACGGCCUGCUCUGCGACGUGCUCCUGGUGGUGCAGGAGCAGGAGUACCGCACCCACCGCUCCGUCCUGGCUGCCUGCAGCAAGUACUUCAAGAAACUCUUCACGGCUGGCACCUUGGCCAGCCAGCCCUACGUCUAUGAGAUCGACUUCGUGCAGCCUGAGGCUCUGGCCGCCAUCCUGGAGUUCGCCUACACCUCCACGCUCACCAUCACCGCCUCCAACGUCCAGCACAUCCUCAAUGCUGCCAGGAUGCUGGAGAUCCAGUGCAUUGUGAAUGUGUGCCUGGAGAUCAUGGAGCCUGGUGGGGGCGGGGGGGAGGAGGACAAGGAGGAUGAUGACGAUGACGAGGAUGACGAGGAUGAGGAGGACGAAGAGGAGGAGGAGGAGGAGGAGGAAGAGGAUGAGGAUGAUGACACGGAAGAUUUUGCUGAUCAAGAAACUCUGCCUGAGCCCCCGGACAUGAACUGCCACCAGAGCCCCUCCGAGGCAGACCACCUCCCCGAGAAGGCCUUCUCAGAGCCGCCCCGAGCCUUCCCCAGCGCCUUCCCGGCCGGCAGCCCCGGCCCUCUGGGUGUGAUCCGGGACUUCUCCAUUGAGUCUCUGCUGAGGGAGAACCUGUGCCCCAAAGCCAGCAUCCCUGACCGGAGACCUUCCUUAUCUCCGUUUGCCCCAGACUUCUUCCCACACCUCUGGCCAGGGAACUUCGGGGCCUUUGCACAGCUGCCCGAGCAGCCCAUGGACAGUGGGCCCCUAGACCUGGUCAUCAAGCACAGGAAGAUCAAGGAGGAGGAGAAGGAGGAGCUGCCCCCACCCCCACCACCGCCCUUCCCCAACGACUUCUUCAAGGACAUGUUCCCAGACCUUCCUGGGGGGCCGCUGGGCCCCAUCAAGGCGGAGAAUGACUACGGUGCCUAUCUCAACUUCCUGAGUGCCACCCACCUGGGGGGCCUCUUCCCACCCUGGCCUCUGGUAGAGGAGCGCAAGCUGAAGCCCAAGGCCUCCCAGCAGUGCCCCAUCUGCCACAAAAUCAUUAUGGGGGCCGGGAAGCUGCCGCGCCACAUGAGGACCCACACGGGGGAGAAGCCAUACAUGUGCAACAUCUGCGAGGUCCGCUUCACCAGGCAGGACAAGCUGAAGAUCCACAUGCGGAAGCACACGGGGGAGCGGCCCUACCUGUGCAUCCAUUGCAACGCCAAGUUUGUGCACAACUACGACCUCAAGAACCACAUGCGCAUCCACACGGGCGUGCGGCCCUACCAGUGUGAGUUCUGCUACAAGAGCUUCACGCGCUCUGACCAUCUGCACCGCCACAUUAAGCGCCAGAGCUGCCGCAUGGCACGGCCCCGGCGCGGCCGCAAGCCUGCCGCCUGGAGGGCCGCCAGCCUGCUCUUCGGGCCCGGCGGCGCGGGUGCUGAGAAAGCAGCCUUCGUGAUGCCGCAGGCGCUGGGCGACGUGGGUGGCCACCUGGGUGGGGCAACCGUGUGCCUCCCGGGCCCCAGCCCUGCCAAGCACUUCCUGGCGGCGCCCAAGGGCGCGCUGAGCCUGCAGGAGCUAGAGCGGCAGUUCGAGGAGACACAGAUGAAGCUGUUCGGGCGCGCCCAGCUGGAGGCCGAGAGGAACGCAGGGGGCCUGCUGGCCUUCGCGCUGGCCGAGAACGUGGCAGCAGCGCGGCCCUACUUCCCGCUGGCCGACCCCUGGGCCACGGGCCUGGCGGGCCUCCCGGGGCUCACCGGCCUCAACCAUGUGGCCUCCAUGUCUGAAGCCAACAACUAGGCUGGUCCUUGAAAACCCCAGUCCAGCAGCUCUGUCCCUCUCCCACUAGGCCAACCCUGCCCCACCCAAGGGGUCUGAGCUUUUUAUUCAACAUCACAGAGGAAAAAGGACAGAACAGUAGCAGCAGCCACGAUAUGUUCCAGGCCUGAGGCAGCCGAGCCGCCUCCCUUUUGCUGGUGUCCAAGACGGGCAUCUCCAUGCAAAGGGCCUGGAGUUCAGGGCCUGGCCUCUCCCUGACCUCUCCCUGAUCUCUCUGGCUUUCACACAAACACUCAUACAGGCCCAAGCCCCAGAGGAGGCCACAGGCUGGGUGCCCAAGAGCACUUUGGCGUGUGUGGAAGCUAGCUGGAGGGAUGUGGCUUGGCCCAAGGCAGACCAGAUGAAGCAGAGAUGAGGGCAAGGGCCUGGGGGCACACACCCUGGUUAAGCCCCACCACCCUGUGGCAGAGUCCCUACAGACACUGCUCUGAUGGGUCAUUUUUCCUGUCUCCAACGGUCCUGGGAUCCUUAUGGGAAAUGCCCUACUGGCAGGGAGGCCUCCUAGAGUCCAGAGCAAAGGUUUUGGAGUCCAGGCCCACUUUCCCUUCACUGUCCUGUGACGUUGGACAGGUCAGCCAUCUGUACCCUGGUUUCACCCUGCUAUGAAGGAGGGCUGGUGAUUUAGUUACCCCUCUCCCACCCUCCCAUGCAUACAUACAAACACACCUGUCCCUCCAAAGAGAACUGCUGAGAACAUAGGAGCUUUGUAUUCCUAAAGUCCCUGGAGAAACCGUCUAUUUUACUGGAUUUAGUUUUAUCACAUCCACCUUUAUUUUAGCCCAGGUGAGAAAUGUGUUCUAACUAAACAGGGGUGACAGAGAGCUGGGGUGAGGUUUGUCCACAGACCCCAGGCAGCUCUAGAGAACUCCAAAUACCACCCUCCUUCCUAGGCAGGCCGCUGGGGCUGAGGGAUGACUAGUUAGCAUUUACCCCAAUUCCACAUGCCCCCUCCAAUGCCGUAGGUCUCUUGGGACCUCUGGGGCCGACAAGAAGGGUCGGGGCCGCCUCUUAACACCUGGCAGCUGCCUCACUCCAUUCUGAUUCCUGGAAACAGACCUUACGUUUGCUUUUCAGAGCUGCAGGUUUCUCAGGGCUUUGGCACUGCUGGUGAUCAUCCCCUGCACUGUGUUUGAACACUCACAGCCUCUCCCGUGUCCCUCCAGGCGAGAAACUGGAGUGUUUGGCUCCCGUCAAUGCAGGGAAGCAGAGCCUUGGCUCCAAUGUGGGCUUGGAGGGCUCUGUGAGUUAGGCGUGUCCACACACCCUCCGUGGCCCUUGCGUUUGUAGCAGAUCCUGAGAAGGAAGACAGCUCUGCUGGUCCAGUGCCUUCCUGAUCUUCUCUCCCCUUUCCUGCCUUCCAUCCCUUUUCCUGCUGAGUUUGCUUUUGUCUCAGAAGCCCAGAAGGGAGGGGAGUUCAUGUGCAUGGAUUGCCCACAGCUGGAGUCCCCAGUCCAGGAGCUGUGGGCACAAAAGACUUCGGCUCUUCCCAUUGCCUUGGCUUCUCCCUCAGCAAAUACAAGAAACAAAAAGGCCUGAGAAGACCACAGACUCCGUCACUCUCCCAGCUCCACAGAGGAGACCCCUGACUCCACAUACCACCAGAUGCCGUGCCAGCCCGAGGGAACUGCUUCUGACACCCUCUUGUCUUCAGACGUCAUUUGCCUCGGCAGCCACCUCUAAGAUUCCUGUCUCUGUUUCUGACACUUGCUUCUAGGACUCCCCAGCCAACAUGCCUGGUUUCCCCCAUCAGCCAAGGGACUGGGACUGACCCAAACUUUAAAAGAAAGCAAGGGAAAAUGAACAAAUUGGGAUCCAGUGGUGUUGGGGCUUUUGUUUUUAUUUUGUAAAGGUAAUGACUUCUUAUAAACUCAAUUUUUCAGAUGACUGGUUAGUUCUUUUUGUGUUCUCUUGGCUGCAGCUUGGAGCUGUACACUGUAAAAUGCCCAGAGAUGCCGAGUCCUGUGUGAUCGAGGAGAACAUGAAGCAAUUGGGUUGGAGGAUAGGGGUGGUUGUUUGAUUGCCAUAUAUUUUUUUUCUGGAUGUUUCAAUUUCCCUGUCUGUCUGUGGGAGAACUUUGGAAUUUUUUCUAUUUAUAACUCUUUUUUUUUAUGUGAUUGCUUUAUGUAAAAUGACACAACAAAGUUUGCCUUAGUGAAUCAAGGGACAAUCUUCCAUAACUUUGGUCGCACGCCGCAUCCCGCCGAGAAAAACUCUCAGCUAAUUUUCUGGCCUAUUUAUUAAACAGUAUCAAUUGACUUGAUUAAA